GGCCGGAGGCGGCCCAGUGGAGCGGGCCAUGGCCACCGCCAUUCAGAACCCGCUCAAGUCCCUAGGCGAGGAUUUCUACCGCGAGGCCAUCGAGCACUGCCGCAGCUACAACGCCCGCCUGUGCGCCGAGCGCAGCCUGCGCCUGCCCUUCCUGGACUCGCAGACUGGCGUGGCCCAGAACAACUGCUACAUCUGGAUGGAGAAGACCCACCGUGGCCCUGGCCUGGCCCCGGGACAGAUCUACACGUACCCGGCCCGCUGCUGGAGAAAGAAGCGGAGACUCAACAUCCUGGAGGACCCCCGGCUGCGCCCCUGCGAGUACAAGAUUGACUGUGAAGCACCCCUGAAGAAGGAGGGUGGCCUCCCUGAAGGGCCUGUGCUUGAGGCGCUUUUGUGUGCGGAGACUGGGGAGAAGAAGCUCGAGCUUAAGGAGGAGGAGAUGGUCCUGGACUGCCAGAAACAGCAGCUGCUGGAGCUCCCACAUGACCUGGAGGUGGAGGACCUGGAAGAUGACAUUCCCAGGAGGAAGAACAGGGCCAAAGGAAAGGCGUAUGGCAUCGGGGGUCUCCGGAAACGCCAGGACACCGCGUCCCUGGAGGACAGAGACAAGCCGUAUGUCUGCGAUAUCUGUGGGAAGCGGUAUAAGAACCGGCCGGGGCUCAGCUACCACUACACCCACACCCACCUGGCCGAGGAAGAGGGCGAGGAGAAUGCGGAGCGCCACGCCCUGCCCUUCCACCGCAAAAACAACCACAAACAGUUUUAUAAGGAACUGGCCUGGGUCCCUGAGGCGCAGAGGAAACACACAGCCAAGAAGGCGCCUGAUGGGACUGUCAUCCCCAACGGUUACUGUGACUUCUGCCUGGGGGGCUCCAAGAAGACGGGUUGUCCUGAGGACCUCAUCUCCUGUGCUGACUGUGGGCGAUCAGGGCACCCCUCGUGUUUACAGUUCACGGUGAACAUGACUGCGGCCGUGCGCACCUACCGCUGGCAGUGCAUCGAGUGCAAGUCCUGCAGCCUUUGCGGCACCUCUGAGAACGACGGUGCCAGCUGGGCAGGUCUCACCCCCCAGGACCAGCUGCUGUUCUGUGAUGACUGCGAUCGGGGUUACCACAUGUACUGCCUGAGCCCCCCCAUGGCGGAGCCCCCAGAAGGGAGCUGGAGCUGCCACCUCUGUCUCCGGCACCUGAAGGAGAAGGCGUCUGCCUACAUCACCCUCACCUAGGCCUGCUGCACUGGGGUGCUGCCCUCGCCUCUCGGAGCGCCCCCUCACUGCCGUUCUGGAGGGGGAGGCUGGGAGGCGGGUCCGACCCCUCCUUGAUCAAGUGGAAUGUUUGCCCCGUGGGGGUGGCCCCACAGGGACCCCCCCACAUCCUUCCCUUGGCAAACGGGCACCAGGGGCUUCUGCUCCCCUCAAAGCCAUACCCCGCCUCUGGGCGGUCACGAGGGGUGGUGGAUGCCAGCUGGGGGCAUGGACACAGCCUUUUUCUAAAGAAAAAGUCAAAAAGUUAAAAAAAAAAAAAAAAGAAAAAAAGAAAUUAAUAUAUACAAAGAGUCCUAAGGCUCGGGCAGGGGUAGCCGAGCUGUCCCCCGGGCACCAGUUUCUGCCAGCUCCCCCUGCCCCAUUUUCUGGUGGGUCGCCGCUGACCUGACCCCAAGUGGGUACCUACCCCUGGUGCCAGGGCAGGUGGGCACCGUGCCAGCCCUGCCCUGGGGCGAGCACUGUGGAUUCUGCAUGACGUGACCUUGGUUCUGAACUCCGACCCGUCCCCACACCCCACCCCACCCGCACCUGCCGCCCAAGGUGGGCCCUGCCCAGCGCCUCCCGCUGGGAUGAGAAGCACAGACUGCAGCCCCCCCCCUUUUCCCUUGUUCCCACCCCACCCCGGCCAGGCCGGGCUGCCCCUACCCCCCUCGCUGACCAUUUUCAGGGGAGCGAGGGGGUGUGGUUGUUUCUUGUGGUUGUGUGUGUUUGUUGUUCGGUUUUAAACAAAACAAAAAAAAAAAAGGGAAAUUGAGACUGCAAGUGGGGGAGGCGGUGGGCAUGGGGGAGACCGUCCCCCACGCAGGCGAACCCCCCCACCCUGGAAGCGUCUCCUUUAUUGCCUGCCUCUGCUGUGAAUUCACUUGUUCUGUGUAUUAAAUUGGGCCAGACCCCUCUGCCCAC